ACAGUGACAAGAUGGCGAUCAAGAACUGCUUGAACACUGGAAAACAAUAGAGACAGCGCACUUGUGCAGAGUUUAUUUCUUUACCGUUUGAUUUCUGUUUUUCGUGUCGUCUUAAACCGGGGCUCGGGAGUCAGCUGCGUGAAGUUUAAGACUUUUAAUGCAGACUUGAAUGAAAUGUGAGUUUAUAAUGCUUUGUUUGGGGGCUAGUUAGCAGGCAGGCUAAGCUACAUCCGUAGCAGUAAUGUAGCUGAGUAUCAGCUGUUAGACGCACUGCUGCUUUAAAAGUUACUUUUACUACUAAAAGUUAAUAUUAACUCUCUAGAUUCGUAUUUUUGCGCUGGAUGGAUAUAAUGUAUGUGUUUUUGUCCGGAACUUUUUUACGUAUCUUCUCUUUUUUUCUCAAGUGCGUUUUUUCGAAACUUUAACUGAGGCGAGGAGUCGAAUUAAAACAAUAUUUAUCGCUAAAAAUUCGGGAUAACGAAGAAAAACAGCGCCGCGUGUUUGUGUGUGUGUGUAAACGUAAGGUGAAUAUUAUCUAAUUAUGACUAGCGUUGAUAAAUAGAGUAUACCUUCAGUCAAAGUUUUCAAUUCUCUUAAACUUUACUCUGAAUUACAUGAACGUUUAAACAAAUGUAAUUUUUUAAAUUAAGAUGCAUAAGUCAUUAGCGAUGGUGAAGUCUUUCAUUCAUAAAAUCACAUGUUUUACUUCAUUGUGGUUUGUGGCAGGACUCUGAGCUUGAAUGUUUCCACACCAGUAAGUUAGAUAAGAGAGUUUGUUCAGUGAUUUUGUGUCUGUGUAUAUCAGGCUAGUUUGUGUAGUUCAGUGAAUAAGUUACUUUGGUUAGACUUUUUAUUUUUUUUAUACAAAAGCACAGAUCCGAACUAUGUGCCAUUUCUUUUGUUGUGCAAGGAUAGUGAUAAAAAUGGAGGCAGUUGAGUGUGUUUUGUAAAGACACACUCAGACACAACAAACACGCACUGAAGCAGCGCUGUGAUCAGUCCUGUGUUGAGUUGUGCUGGUUUCCGGACACUCGAGUGAGUUUAUAAACACGCUGUUGUUCUGGAUGAUGGCGGAUUUCGUGGUGCCGCGGCACAGCGCGGUGAUGGAGCGGCUCCGGCGGCGGAUCGAGCUCUUCCGGCGGCAUCACAGCAGCUGCGAGAACCGCUAUGAGAACACGGCCAUGGAGCGGCUGGAGAUGGAUAGGCAGCAGACGUUGACGAUGCAUCAGCGCUGCCUGCAAACCAAGGCCAAGCGCUCGAACAAGCACCGGCAGCCGCCGGCGGCGAGCUCGGACCCGGCGGGGCAGAGAGGCAGUGGGAGCGGGGGCAGCGGCGCGGACGGUGGCAGUGGGACGCCCGGGGAGCAGAGCAGAAACAACACGCUGAUCGCGCUACAGGAGACUGUGAAGAGGAAGCUGGAGAAUGCAGGUUCUCCUCUGGGCCGUGACCAGGUCAACGGUUUCAGCGAUGGCUACACACCUUCUAAAAAGGCCUGUGUGGAGGACACACUCUCUGGUCUUAACGGGGUCUCAAAUGGCACUGUGCCUCCUCUCUCACCCUUGGACACCAAACAUAACGUGAUAACAGACUCCAUGGUGCCCAAUGGAAACCACAGAGCACCUGGCUCAGAGCACAGUGGCACUGGUAUAACCGAUAAUGGUGCCACACGUGGUUCGGAGUGCGACUUUCGUCUGAAAGAAAUGAAGCAGGAGCCGGUGGACGAUAUCUUGCCCUGCAUACUACCUACUGGAGGUUCAAACGGCAACAACAGCUUGUUCCCUGACCUCAACCUCAACGAUCAGGACUGGAGUGAGAUCAUGGAGGAGUUCAACCGCUCCGUACCUUACGAGGACAUUCAGGAGCUCUUCAGCGAUGGCUUUGGUGAUCGCAAAGACCCUGAUCUCCCAUCUGGGGGUGCUGCUCAGAGCUUGAUGCCUCCAGAUCUGGCCAGCAUAAAGACAGAGUUUUCCCCCGCCACUGUCACGUCUGCCUUCGAUCAGGACUCUUGCACUGGUUCGCCUCAGGUGAGACCCACCUCAUCCGGGCCUCCGCUACACACAAACUCCCCUGUUACUGCUCCGGCAACCGCUACAGCCUCCUCACCAGUGCUUCCGGUGCCACAACUUCCACAACAGUCCCCCAUUCAGUCCUCCAGACCACUCCAGAAUCACCUGCUGCCAGGUCCACCCAAAGACCUGUCACCUGCACAACAGCUGCAACAGUUAGCGGCACAACAGCAGCGAGCGCAAAUACUUCAGAGCCAACAGCAGCACGUGGUUCCAAAACAACCACAGCAAAAACCACAGCAACAUCAAGCGGUAAAAUUCCACCAGCAACCCAACCACCCCUCAUCCUGGCCCCAAAACGCACCCACCCAAAGUCAGCUGGGUGGAACAUUUGGCCUCGAGAAGCCCACAAGUCCUUCCUUGUACCCUCAAGACUUUCCCAACCCCAAGACCCUGCUCAUGUCAGGCCAGCAGCCCAACAAGGGCUCUCCCAAAGCGGGCACCCCAGCUGGGUACAUGCAGUCCGGUGGCCACGGCAACAUGUUAAGCCACCCGGCAGCUCCUUCGGGACCACUCAGCCACCCAGCCAACCCAGGGGCUCAGGCAGCCAUGUUGGACUACAGUAACACUAAACCCUUGUCCCACUAUGAGGCCGGAAUGCCAGGAGCCCCCAGGGGCCCGCCCAACACACAGAACCAGAACAAGCAGAAUCAAGCGAUCGUGAAUCUGAUGCAACAUCAGUUGCAGAAGCAGAGGUCAACAGGCAUGAACUUCAGACCAGCACACCUCCAGCAUGCUCAGGAGUCAGCAUCAUACUCCACCGCCUCCCAUGUUCCCGGUCCUGGUAACACCAUGACGCCGCAGCCGAGCGGCAACAGCAUCCCAGGUAACCAUGGUAACGCAGCUUACAUGAAGCAGCAGCAGCAGAUGCAGAUGAUGAACCAGCAGCAGAAACAGUUCCUCCAGAGACAGAUGAUGGCUGAACAGGAGAAACAGCGGCAGCAGCAAGAACAGCAGUUACAGAGACACCUGACCCGUCCCCCGCCCCAGUACCAGGACCAACAAAGCCAGCAGGCCCAGCCGAAUCCAUUCCAGCAACAGCAGCAGGUCUCCCAGUUCACAGGUGCAGCUCCCUGCUUGGCUCAGCAGCACCCCUCCGGCUUUACAGAACACAACAUCUCUGGCGCAUCACAGCCAAUAGGAAACGUAAACUCUGGAAAUCAACAAAUGUUCACUCAGAUGCAAGGUAUGAUGGGAAUGAGCGUGGGCCAGAAUGCCGUCCCAGCUCCUGGUGCCCCUCCGGCUGCCAGUCAAGCAGACAUGAGCCUCCCAUCCUGUGCAGGUGGUCUUGAUGUACAACAAGUCCUAUACAGCAACAUGCCCAUGCACCCCUCCCAUCCCAACCAGCAAAGAACACCUGUAUCAGCCAUGUCUGCGGCCUACAGACAAAACAUUCUAGCAGCCCAGCAGCAAGCACAUUUAAAGAACCAACCCAAUACCGCCCUGAUGAAACAACAACAACAGCAGCAACAGCUCGCCCGUCUGCCCAACAGCAUGCCCAAUGCCAUGGCUAAUAACAUUAGCACUGCUAUGCCCACCUCCAUGCCGACAAGUAUUCAGGGUGCUUUGCCUACACAGACCCAACCCUGGCAGCAGCAGCAGCCUCAGCAGCAUCCAGGUCUCCAGCAGGGCAUGGGCGCCGGAGGCAAUCCUGCUGGGUUCGCCAACUCUGGCUUCCACAUGCAGUCUAGGAUGGCCAAACUACCCAACAACGGCCCAUUUCCCCAGGGUGGAAUGGGUAACAGUGCGGCAGGUAGGGCUUUGGUGGGCAUGAAUACUGCACAAAUGAUUCCUAACAUGAACCAGCAACGGACCAAUAACCCUGCCAUGGGGCAACAAUUGCCCCCUCCCAACCAGCAGGCGCCCCAGCAAGGGCAGCCACAAGCGCCGCUUCAAACCCAGCAGGUUCUUCCUGAUCUGGGGCCCUUUAGCCAGUCGCAAACAGGACAGGUGCCCAACCGCACUGUGGGACUCCAGUGUAACCAGGCCUAUCAGCUCAACAGGACAGCCAAUCAGCAAUUGCAGUUCAGCUACAAUACCCAAUCAGGAGGCAGCUUAACCGGCUUCCCUGGUGAGACCGACUUGGUGGACUCGCUGUUGAAGAAUCAGUCAACGCAAGAGUGGAUGGACGAUUUGGAUGAGCUAUUGGCCAGUCACCAAUGAGUGAUGCCAAUGGGCCAAAUACAGAACUUUUUAAGGGGCUGUUCAGGCUGAACUCAUUUUUGCUAGAUACAACACAAAGAAUAGAACAGAAUGCAGGUGUCUCGAAAUGUGUUUUUAAAAGUUUAAGUUCUUUAAGUUCUGGGUUCAAUACAAGUAAAGCGCAAUCUACAGCAUUUGUGGCAUAAUGUUGAUAACCACAAAAAAAAUAUUUUCGACUCGUCCGUCAUUUUCUUUAAAAAAAGCAAAUAUCGAGGUUACAGUGAGGCACUUACAAUGGAAGUGAAUGGGGCCAAUUUUUGGAGGGCGUAAAGGCUGUAAUAUGAAGCUUAUAAUUAAAAAAAAAAAAAUCCUUGCAUUAAUUCUUCUGUCUAAAACUUGUGCAUUAUUGGAGCUUUAAAGUUGAUGAAAUCGUCAUUUUUAUGGUCAUUUAAGGGUUUUAGGACAUUGUCAUAACGUCAACAAAAUUAUAUAAAAUUGGAUUUAACUUUACAAAGAAAAGGUUAGAAGCAAAAUUAUUACACUUAUUACACAAAUCAUUUUAACACGUACUAUUUGAGUCUUGUGGCUAUAAUUUUGAAACAUUGAGUAUUUUAACACUGAUUGGCCCCAUUCACCUCUAUUGUAAGUGCCUCCCUGUUACCCAGAUUUUUGUUUUUGUUCUUUUAAAGAAAAGAAGAGAACAAGAGGAAAGGGAAAAACAAGUCGAAAUUAAGUGUUGUGGUAAUCAACAUUAGACUACAAAUGCUGUUGAUUGAGCUUAACUCUUAUUUAACCCAUCAUAUUCCUUUAACUUGAAAUGCGGUUUAAAAACCGCAACACAUCUGCACGAAAUGCAGCGCAAAUGUCAAAAACGUCCAUCUAAUGUGUCUUUGUAUAGAAAACCAUUCAAAAACAUUGCAGAUGAAUACAAAAACAUGUUCAUUGUGAACAGCCACUAAGUCAUAUUGGUGCCUUUGGUAGAGAAGAUCUGUGGACGUCCACUUUUGGAUGUUGGUGAAAAUGGAUAUACUGGUCAUUUAGUGGUCAGAUCUGCUGUUGUCUCUAUUAUGUAGAUUGUGUAUAUAGUACAACACGAGUUGGGCACAGGACCAAGAGCCUGUGUGGUAUUGAAGUAUUCUCUGGACUGGAAAUUUCAAGGGGAACACUCUACUACUGAACCUGUGGCUCAGUAAAACCACUGAAUUUUACUAUGAUGUGAUGAGUGUGCACUCGUACACAGCCUUUUUAGCCUUUCAUAUGGUUUCUAUUGUAUUUGUAUUGCCUAUGUCUUUGCUAUAAGCAUAAGGAGGGUCUAGGGUCACAUAGGCAUGUCAGAAGUCCCUUUUGCAGUCCCAUGGGCCUUAAUUUUGCACUCAUGAGUUGCAUAAUAUGUAAUUUUCACAUCCAGCUGAAUAUUUGAGUAAAAGAGAGACUUUCUCUUCAUUUCAUGGUUUCAAAGGAUAGUUCAGAUGUUCAUUUUUUAAGUUCCAGAUGGUUUAUGGUCAUUGGAUAGUUUUAUAUUCACUAAAUAUAGGAAUGGGAUGCUUUGUAAUUUAUCAGGUUGUGACAGCUUACAGGAGUGACACUGUAAUGUAAAAGAGGAAGAACAUGUGAAUUUAUAAAAACACUACAAUACUGAAGUGAAAGUGGGUGGAGCCAUGCAAUGUCAUCAUUACACUUUCACAUGUUACACUAAAGUUAUUUUUCCCCCUAAAUUCUGAAAUUUGCUUUUAAAAAAAAAAAAAAAAAAAAAAAAAAGCCAAAGUUAUAGACUUUUCCAUUGGUAAGAGGGUUUAUAUUCUGUUUUCCUGUUUAGGUAAAGGUUCACCCUCUGUGUAUUAUGUUGCGUUGAUGGAAGGGCAGGUGCUUGUCAGAAUGGGCAUUACCUGCCUCAUGACUAGACUGUUUCUGCAUCUGAGUCUGUGACAGAAAUUCAUGUAUAUUUAUAUUUUUUUGUAUGUAUGCAGUUUCUAUUGUUCAGGAGAAGAUAGAUCUUAUUUUUAUAUGUACAUUAUUGCAAAUUUUUGUAAGUAUUUUUUACUUUUUAUUAUUGUUCUCUGUAAAACAAGAGUAUUGUGUAAAUAUAGUUCUCUAGA